AUGUACAGUUGGUCCUUUGGUUGUAGUCUUCGCACCUUCGACUUGAAUUGGUAUGUCAAAUUGUAUCCAAUAAAUCGUGAUAAUAUCCUUUAGACACGCGUUAUUAACAGUUCUUUCUCUGUUUGUCCAAUUUUGAAGUUUUGUGUAAAGUUCGGCUGCCUUUCAGCAUGUUACAGUUGUCUUCCGGCCUUUACUCUGUUGAGUACUUGGGCUUAAACACAACCCAGGGCGAGGUAUACCUUGCCCGAUAUAUUUUGGAUACAUCUGUUACCCUUAAUAUUAAUUCACUUUCGUUUAAGUUGAACUGCGAAUUCGUAUUGUCGCUUGUACUAUAUGACAGACAAAUGCAUUUGUCUGUCAUAUAUAUAUGCCCUAGUAGCAUUAAAUAGCUACCUGAUGCACUGUUAUAGCGGAAAUCUCGCGAUAGGGCUAUCUCGUCACCUGAUUGGUCAGCGGGUUUAUCGAUUUAUCGCAGUCAUUGGUUGGCGCGCUUGAGCUAUCGGUGCUCCCACGCCGCAUGCGCGUCGCCAUUAUUGCUUGCGUAUCGCGUGCGGCGUGUGCUAUCAACUGCUCUCUGCUGCAAUCUCUUAUACCCUUUUUUGCUUCAUUAACCCAUCCUUUUUAUUGUUCACCGUCACCUCGCUGUGGAAUUGCUACUAGGGUGACAGACAAGUACAAGCGACAAUGCAUAUUCGCAGUUCAACUUAAACGAAAGUUAAUUAAUACUAAGGGUAACCGAUGCAUGCAACUCUUAUGCUGGCUAUAUGUAGCCAUCAUCCAUCACCAUUGGUUGUUAACAUAUUCUGAACCCCCUGGCGAAGGUUGUAAUACCCAGCUUGUCCUCGUCCUGUUGGGGCUUCAGAUCGCCGGUGCCUUCGUAGUCCUUCGCUGGACGACCAACUGAGAAGGGCUCGUCAAUGGAUUGAUUCCGUAUCCCAGACGACAUGAUAACAAGUAAUCCAGCAACAAUCGUCAGCAGGAGUGAUACAAGGAACCGUUUAUUGUAAUCGAAUAAUUGUAACACGGAGAAAGGGAGUUACAGGGGUGUGGCAGACUCCUUGAUUGCUUUAGUCAAUGGAUGUCUCUCUGACAGAAUAAUUCGGUGCAGUAUCUGGCUGCACAAGGGGGAGUGUAGAGCUGGAGGCUGCUACAGGGGUUGGGAUCCGGUUCUCGCCAGUCGAUUCUGAGACUUAGAAGAAAAACAGGGACCUUCGUAAAACAACAAAAGGACGGAUCAGUUCAAUUCUGUCAUACCACAGGUUAUUAAUCUUGCUGUCCAAUCCGGAGGUCCACUUGCGUCACGUUUACCAAUGUUGUUUGCGUAAACUCUUCGUCAGGCCAGAACGAGAUGACUUCUCAGGGGAAUCUUCUCCGGCAAGGCGAGCCUGGGAAAAUUUGUGUAACCCUGUUCUAAGAGGUCUUUACUUUUGUGGGCGUCCUGGUCUGAUCCAUUUUGCAUGUUUACCGCCUCACAAAUGAUUAUUUUUCGUCUCCCUCAAUCAGCCUUAGGCACCAGCCCGAAUGCAUUCGGGAAAAGGAUUAAAGACAGUAACAGAAAAACCUGCGACAGUGACUGGAACAUUGGUACUGUCCAUACUCUACUUCUUCUCGGGUCGUACCCCGAGCCGUAGCUUGGGUCCCACAAUAGCACGGUCAAGGCGUUUUACGCUGCUGGUUUUGACACAACUCAUCCUGUAGAAGUCUAUCACUAAACUGACCCAGUCUGCUCUGCAGAGUAUGCGGUCGGCUGGUCUUCAUCGGCAGUCAUAACUUGAGUAUCAUAUUACUAAAUUUGGCCUAGUUCACCCUUGGUGUGGAGCACGACCAAUCGGAUGAAAAUAACGAAACUGUCUUGCGUCAUUCCCACUGCUAAGUGACCUACUUAUCGCCCCGUAAUUGCAUUUUAUCCCCUCUGUCCUACAUUACCAUCCUCCCAAUUGCCGGGAUCAUACAUGGGGAUACGCCUGACUACGACCUUAGGGUGAUCGUAAAAAGCUUCUUUAUGCACGUUAUCAGCUUUCAUUUUGGUUUGCAUCAAAACAAUGUUGGCGUUGAUAGCAGCGCCACGAAGACCUUCGGUUACUCUCCUCAUUGACAGCGGUUCCAAACGUUUAAGUGAAAUUUUGAUCAGACUGUAUUAUCUAUUUUUUGUCUUUGUGACUGCCUACCGAAUCUCUACGGGAGAUUCACGGCGAGCCAGAGUGCUACAAUUCCAUCAUGCAAUUAGAAUAUUCACUGAAACCGAAUAUUUCGCAACACAAAUGCUCCCUGUCACAGCCGAAAAUACAUGAACCCGUAACUCAGUGACAAUCGGCGAUGGCAUUCAGUCUCGGGGCUAAUGAUGACAGGUAAGCCACAAAUGGCCGUCUCCGUCUGCCUUGUCGUAUACUGAUCGCUGCAUUAGCUACGAAUGGUAACUUGCCCUACUUCCAACCUCUUCAGCCUGAGGGUGAUUCCCACAACCUGGAAGAUUCGCUGACCGGCGGUGGCCCCCCUCAGUUUGUAAGGGUUGUUAUGAACACAACCGCCUGUGGAGAUUUCCACAUUUUGACGAGGCGUUAAUUAGUACUGCUCAGAGGCCGGUGGAUAUUGCGGUUCUCUGGGUUUGUGUGAACCAUGACUGCGUAAAGAACGGAGGGUCUUCAAUGCUUAUAGUUAAAAAUGCUCCUUCAACCAACUACCUGCGCCUACUUCAGGGAAGGUCAGAAAAUCCCGCUCCUCAAGACACCUGUCUCGUGCUAAUGAAAUACACGACGCAGAACUCGAGAUACUCACGUUUUGCAUAAAUCGCAAUGCAGAAAACACUGCACCCGAUAAACUCAUCGGUUGAUAACUUUGAUAAUCCUUUGAAAACUUUAUUUUGUUGGAAACGUUGGCUAUUUUCAAAUCUACCAUGUUUUACCAUGUUUACUUUACAUCUGUCCGAACAUAACAGCAGUUUAACAUUAUUUUUAUCACCUAAACUAGCACUUUCAGUUGCGUCGAAAUGGUUCAUUAUUAAAAGCAUGGUCGGAACGUGGGCAAUGAGAUAAAAUCACCACUAAGAUUUAUAUGCUUAGGCAUCAGUCGCUUAGCAGCAGAGUUUGCUUAUUACGGAGGCUGCUUUCAACACUGGUAUUGGUUGGAACUCAAACGCGUGCUAGAUCGAAUUCCAGCCACCGUACCGUAACUUCUAAACAGUCGGCACUCCAGCGCAGACGUGAUCGCCACACGGUUAUUCCUUAAUUUAUUUUAUCCUUCAUCCAUUUUCAGGAUAAUUUAUAGGCUGGCUAUGGAAUUUCGUCUCAAGGCAUUCGUUUCAAGUCCUUCCAAUAGAUUCCUGUGAAAUGACUUUCUGCAUUAAUUGUUAUAUUUUAGCGUUGACGUUUAAUUCGUUUUCACUUUUCCAGCAUUUGUAACUUUCAACCGGACAAAUUGCAUUCGUCAGCAGAAGGGCAUGGAUUCUGAUUUCGGAAUUACAGUUCCCGAAAUUGAUGAGUCCGGCUGCCUCUCCAGGGACGAGAUGGUGAUCCUAGGUCACUUUAAAAUGAAAAUGCGAGCUGAUCUUGACCAAAAAGAAGACCCCACUGACGGAUGGUCAGUUCGCACAUGCCUUUUAGCCAAAAAGUUGUGCGAGCGCAUUGAAGAAGGGCAACAACGAAUAGAUGCCCUGCGGCAUCGUCUACAGGAUCAGAGAAAGCAGCUUGAGGCACUGAAGGCGUCAUCACUUUGUCUCAAAGCCAAACGGGUAAGCCGUCUUUUCCCUUUCAAGACUCUACUCUUCAAGACGGCGCCUAAACUCCAUUGUCUGGGCUAUCUGAACUUUCUCAGACAGAAGUCGAGAACGACGUCCUGACCGCUUAUAAACAUGCGUCACACUACCAUAUCGCAUAGGACGAUUUUGUCCAACCAAAAUUUCGUCUGGCAGACCGUAUAGACUGAGUUCUCGGUCAGACGAGUUGGAAGGUAGACAUUAAAGGUUGCGUUCGCAUGUAGAUGAGAUUUUGGCCGUUCUUACGACUAAGAAGUAAAGCACUCAUCAGCGGAACGUCGACGAAUCUACCCGACUCUCAUUGCCGAUGAUGAGAGUGUUGCUCUCCCCUCUAUCCUUCCUCCCCGCCCACCCUCUCCCAUCUUUUGCUCCUUUGUGUACGCUACUUUUUCCCCGAAGUAAUGUGCAGGUUAGGCCACAAUCUGGUCAAUAGGGGUUUAAGGCCCAGCUCACAGGUCACUGCAAGAAACCAAAAUACCCUUCUCUGCCCGUGGUUGAGUCCACGUCCUUCUCGGAGACCGUCGUUCUCAACUUCUGUGAGAACGAGGUCAGUACAACUCUUGAUGACUGAAGCGUUUCCUCUCAUAACGUCUAGGCGUGUCCCCUGAAAUGGCCUCUACCCCCUGGGGCAUGGUGAUAUUCAUAAGGAGAUGUACCAAUGGGUUUUUGUCAGAUGAGAUUACCUUUGACCUAAAAUUUUCGAUGUCUCUGAGCAACAGAUUUGCACUAAAGUGAUUUUCAUGAAAAUAUUUCAUUUAGCUCAAUAGUUGCGUAAUCCAUCCCAAAGACAUCUGAUUGUAGUACUAAUCGGGUGGAAGAACGACAUGUGUGUUGUCUAAAAGAACAUCAGAGAGUCGUGAGACGUCUUAUCGUUUCUAAAUCAGCGGUGCCUCACCGUCUGUGCAAAUUAGUCCCCUCCUGUAUGAUGGGGAACACGAUAAUGGCUGCACGUAACGAUAAGCUGGCCGCCAUUGUGUUGAGCCAGUAGCCGCCCUCGGUCCGCGAAAUUUAGUUUUGGUUUUACAACCGCUUCAGUGGGCACAACUGGUAUGCAUCCUCUGCUUUACAACCGGAGAGCCGACAAGGAGCGACUAGUUCCCUAGUAUAUUCUCGGUAGUCUCGGCUAUCAUUUGGCGGUUUCAUCCCUUUCGUUUUCCCUGGACCCAGCCCAUAUAAGUCCAUUUGCUUCUGGCUUGACGGUAUUUAUUGACGUAAGUCAGUCUCGCGACCUUUUGUUGCGUACUGCGAGUAACAAAUGAACCAAGAGUUAUUUGAUUAUUAUCGCACCAAACGAUGGACAUCAACAAGUGUAAGACUACUUGUCAAAGUUUAGCUCACGGCGACAGUUCUGCCGUCGCGAUCGACGACGUUUAUGCUGAGGCAGACUUGCACAGCUCCUACCACACCUCCUGCUCCUCUCGCCCCCCCAUUCUUGAUUUGAUGGCGAGACAAUGUAAAGACGGACAGACGGAGGUAGACUCCGGUGCGGUAGCUGACAAAGCUUACCAGUCCGUCGCUGUUUUCCACACUCGACCUGAAUUCCAAAACAUGUCUCAGCUUUUCAUUAGGACGGUUCGGAUAUCCCAUCAGAAACGAGCUAAUCGUCCUGACAGAUUAAAGCGCUCAUGUGCCGUUUGGUCGUCCGUUCUCAUCCCUCCACCAGUUAACUGUCUGAGCCUGCCUGUCGCGACGUGAAGGUCUGUGUCUGAGGCGUGCCACCCCCCAAAACACACCCAACCAGCUAACAGUGUCCUGUUAACCUGCUUGACUAUGUUUCGGUCUAGAGCACCUACGGCGCAGCCCAUUUCGAGGGUCAGUUCAGACCACACGACAGUUCGACCAUCGAUUUCGAUGAUAUCCACCGUGUGCCCCACAGACUGCAUUGCGGGAGCAGGGACGGUGACUUACGCAGGGGUUUAUAGUGCCAGUAGACUUGCGUAGCAUCUACCUACACUCUCUCCUCCUUCCCCGCCUGAGCCCGGUGUCAAGACCAAGUCAAGAAGACCGGAGAUGGGGGGAGGCCGCAGGUGAAUGGCUCGGACGGAUCCUCGCCUUUGCGCUCCACUCCGCACCCCCUGGUCCACACACAAAUGGCCAGGAUUUUGACCACAAAACAAUGGGGUGGUGGUAGUGAUCCAGUUGUGCGACGAAUGCCGACAACAGGGUCCGCCAGCGCACCCCGGGAAUGUUGGCAUUUGUUAUUGCGCACAGAUAACGCCUGCCAGAGUCGGAUGUGGGCCCCGUGUUGGUCCAGCGCAUCUAACACGUGGCCCGUUUGGAGGGCACAAGUCCAGACCACAACACUUAGGUCAUGAGAAGUCGGGCCCGCAGAAUUUCGCAGGAAAUUUAUUAAAGUCCUUAAGGACAAAUUGGUGGGAAAAGCGCAGAAUGCAAAGCUUCAGUGGACGCUGAAGUGUAAUUUACCUCUUGUCAUGGGUUAAGAGUUAGCUAAGCCGUGCGUUGAUUAUCCUGCACUUGGCUGCCUUUUUUCGGCUUCCAGGACACCCUGAGCAAGCUUCUGGCAGACGUUUCGCAGAAGGACUCGGACGCCUCCAGCGAUGCCCAACAGCAGGAGGACGAGAUUGCGAAGCUGAAGAGGCGACUGGCCUUCUACCGCAAUGUCCUCAAUUUCAGGGUUGCUCGCCUGAAGGACAAUCGCUUCCAGUUCAUCUUCUAUGGCCUCUCCGAGGACCCCGAGGAUGUCUGCUAUGUUACCUUUGCCGAGCCCGCGGGCAAGAACGCGGAGAUGAUGGUGGACUUGGUGCGCUGCAAUCCGCCCAUCUCAGAUAUUGAGCGGCUGGUGAACUUUCUUAAUCAAACUGGCGACUACCGCAGUUUCCUGAUUGUCCUGCGAAAGCGUUUCCAACGCUACUUCCAGCUGCGAAAGGCAGUCUCUGCCAAGCUGAGUGCCGCUGGUGAUGCAUUGGCUAGUAAACAAGUGUCUUCAUCUUAG